AUGUCCAAUACCCGGUGGACACUCCUAGAAGGAAAGGAGAACCCCUUUUUCAUCUUGACCACAGAGAGAUUUCUCGGCAAAGCUAUGGACCAACCUGAUGACGUUCGGUAUCAACAUACUGAGACGGCAUUUGAAGCCGUUCCGCACCAAGAGUGGCCCAAUGAACGUUCCGAGUCCUCCCUUGAAGUUCUUGACUGCUUGCCAAAAUUUGAGAAUAUGGGCCCCAAUAGUGAAUGA